AUGUCCUCAAAGGUUCAGUCACCCCGUGUGGCCGGCCCAUCGUCUGAGCAAAAAGAUCAUAGUAGUGAAGACAUGACUGCCUUAAUAAAUGACAUUUCCCGUAAGCUUAAUGCUUCAAGAGAGCCAUCAAGAAAAAUCACCAGUUGCAUUCACGUUCUGGAGGAGAACACCCGUCUACUGGAUUACCGUUCUAGGACCAACAAGGAACACAUACAACGAACAGUCAAUGCUCUUAUCUUGACAGUUCAACAGAAAGAGCAAGAAUUGGUGGCUGAAGUAGGAAACCAGACCAUCAAAGCGAAAGAACCACUCGAAAAAUCCAAAGGCGAAUUACAGGAGCAAUUAAAACAGAGGGAGCAAUUUAUUUCACAGAUUGAAGCUCUUAUCCAACGCUGCAAGACUGCUGGAUUACUACCGAGUACCAAACUAAUAAUAGAUGAGCUAUUUGAAGGACUCCAAGAGCUAGAAGACCCAGACAUGUUAUCCACCACUGAAUGGAAAACUGUUACUACGUUUGCUAAAAACAACGAAAUAUUUCAAUCCCUUCAAAGUCUCGGAAUCGGCCACCUUACUACCACGAAAACUGCAACAGAGGCAAACCAGUGCGCGGUAAAAUGGUUUCAGAAAGCUACAGUCGGGCUGGAGGCAGAAAUUGAAGUGAUCACCAGGGGUUCCGAGGGUAAACAGUGCUACUGCCCAGGGGAUUAUAUCUCUCUGCAGCUUAUCUCAGCAGAGGAUCGCAACACUGUGGUUGAAACCAAAAUCACCGACUACAAUAAUGGCAGUUACAAGAUUUCUUUCAUCCCAAGUGAGGGUGGACAUCACUUACCAACCAUUCAAGUAAAUGGAGAAACCGUUGGUGGUUUUCCACCCCUUCUUAUCAACCAACGGUCGUACUUGCCUGUCAGAGCCAUUAUGGACGGAAUUAUAGAGACCCAGACUCUUCAGCACAAUGUUUUUCACCGCGUGGCUCAGGCUUCGAGACCUCGCUCAAGAGAGAUGGAGGAGAAGACUUUAAAACGUCCUUGGGGAGUGACUGUUAAUGACAAAAAUGAAAUCUUUGUAACUGACUUAGGCAACAAUCGAAUCGUAGUUUUCAACAAAGCAGGAACGUUCAUCAGGUCCUUUGGACACAAACUGGUAAAACAUCCAACUGGAAUAUGUAUAAAUAGUAAAGGUAUGAUUUUCGUAGUAAAUAGAGGUAAC